AUGGUCGUGUUUACAUGUGGCCACUGCGGAGAAUCGGUACAAAAGCCUAAAGUUGAAAAGCAUUAUCUUACUAAAUGCAGGAACAGGAACCCAAAUUUAUCGUGUAUGGAUUGUUUUAAAGAUUUUCUUGGUGAUGCUUAUGAAACACACAAUAAAUGUAUUACAGAAGAAGAACGCUACUCAGGAAAAGGUUUUCAGGCUAAAGAAAAAAAAGGUGAAAAGAAACAAAAUGCUUGGGUAGAAAUGUUACAAUCUGUAUUAGAUGAGCAGAAGAAUGCAUCUAAAAAUGUUUUGAGAAUUAUUGAAACAAUUAGCAAACACAACAACACACCUAGGAAAAAGCCAAAAUUUAUUAACUUUGUUAAAAAUGUGUGCGGGGCAAAAACAAAUCCGAAAGAUGUUGAUGCAGCUUGGGAUCUAAUAUCUGUAAAACUUGUAGAGUUAUCUAAUAGCAACAAAAAUCAUAAUAACAAUCAAAAUAAGGAGGAAACCUCUCAAGAUGUGACAAAUGGUGAGGUGGAAUCAAAAACAAAUGGAAUGACCAAUGGUAAUCAUGACAGUGUUGAUGAAGAUAAGGAUGAACACAAAGAAAAGCCAGAGGUAAAUGGUGUUAAUGGAGUCCAUGAAGAUGCUAAAGAAAACAAAUUGACCAAAAAACAAAAGAAAGAAGAGAAGAAACGUAAGAAGUAUGAGGCUGAGUUAGUUAGUGCUGAAACACCAUCAACUGAAGUUAUUGAAGAAGCAGAAACUAAGAAGAAAGGUAAAAAGGGUAAAAACAAGGAAAACAUCAAUGAUGAAGAAAAUGGAACUGAGGGUAAAAAUAAGAAAAAACGGAAGCGUCAGGACACUGUACAGACAUCUGAAAUUAUUGAAAAUGGAGCUGUUAUCAAAGAAAAGAAAAAGUUGAAAACUGAUGAGGAUGCAGAGGAAAGUGUUUGCCUGCAUGACCAGAAUGUUGCCAAAAGUGAGGAAGUUGAAGAGAAAAAAGACAAAUUUAAUUGGCAUGAUGUCAUCAUCUCUGUUUUGCAAAAGAAAGACAAUGAAAUGCAGUUCAAACGUCUUCAGAAAAAGGUCCUCGGGGAGUAUUCUGAAUUCUUUGGGUGUGAAGUUGAUGACAGAAUUGCUGAUAAGUUUAUUAAAAAGCUCAAGAGUGCACCAAAUGUUAGGGUUGAUAAGAAUAGAGUUAUGUUAAUUGAAGACUAG